AUGACGUUCCGUUCCGGCAUCUUCAACACAGACAGGCAGCACAUCGCAAGCGACGACAGACACAGGCUCGAAGCCGGCAAAUCGGUGGCAGCGUCGCGGCUCGCAGGCGACAGGUGCCUGCGAUGGUCUUCUUCCAAGGAAGUCGAAGCUUCUCCUCCGGGUCCUCGCGACGAAAGACUUUUCGUUUCUUUGAGAGGAGACCGUGCUUUUGCUGGUUUUGCUGACCUGAGGGUGCAGUACUCUCCCAGCAGCCGAUCCGUGCAGCCAGAGACCAGCUUGAAAGCUUCGAGGUCUGUCGUGAGUGCGCUCGAAGCUGGCUGGCGAGAAAGUUUCGCUCGAACGGACUUGCCGGGAGGUUCGUGCUCACCAAAUCCGUACGGUUCAACAGAACGAUCCCUUCCGAGUCCGAGUCUGUCGGGACAUCCGUCGGAUGUGGAACUCGUGCCGGCAAAGCAAAGUCUGGUCGAGAUUAUCAGGAACAGACACAAGGAUGCUGCGGGACCUGAUCAACAAGCCUCGCCAGAUGCGGUGCAGACACCUUUCAGGAGCUCUUCCGGCUCAGAAACCUUUGCACAGGUUCGGAGAAGUGCAAGUUCUGAACCACAGGGCUCGCACAUCCGAGAUGCAGGCAGUCCGGUGGCGGCAGAAGUGACAGGCCGGAGAGAGGCACCCAUGGAGAAGGGCGCGCAGGACGAAGUUCAAGCCAUCGAGGCGUCUCCUGGGCAAUGUCCACCGACACCUCGGCAGGUACGGAUCCAGGCCGAUUCGCGCCAAUCCUACUCCCCCGAGGUGACCGAGGCUCUUCGCGAGCGUGUUGCGAUGUUGGAGACUUUAUUGGCAAAGGGCUCGCCGUUGAAGGUUGGCAAGGGACUACCCCCUCCGAGACAGGACGAGGAAUCAUCGUCGCGAACGCUGAGUGAGGACUCGGUAGCUGCGCGCAGUGCUCCAGUUCGCACUCCCGUGGCAAGCCAGCGCAGCCGAAGCGUGCGCAUUUCCAAUCAGAGCAGUUGCUUCGACUCCAAAAGCGGUAGCGGAAGCCCACGUUGCCAGGAGGCAUCCGACUCCAGUAAGCACAGUGUGCUGGAAAAGACGGGGAAGGCGGACUCUGAAGGAACAUCGGACAUCGCUGAAGGUGAAGUAGCUCCAAAAUCAGCAGUGGCGCAAGGAGCCAGUCCGAAAAGUGUACAGAAGGGCAAAGGGCCGCCCCCUCCAAAAGGAGGUGCAAAGGGAGCGUUUUCAGCACCGCCGGCUCCCGGGAAGGGCAAAGGGAAAGGCAAGCCCGCUCCUCCGAAGGCUCCACCGCGAGCAGGGGCAAAGGCUGGGCUCACCAAGGAAGCACAUAAUCCGAGGAAGGCAGAGAUUCAGCCGCGACUCCCCAUGAAAAAACUGUUCUGGAACGCUUUCGUGCUGGACGACGAGCAUCUCCGAAGCUGUGAAAAUGUAUGGGCAGCAAUCGAAAAGGAGAAUGCAGACCUUUACAGCUUCGACGUGCAGGAACUGGAACAGCUUUUUGCGGAAACGUCGUCUCGUUCUGGAGUGCAAACUCCCGUAUCACACGGAGGCAGCUCGGCGGUCCGACGAACCAGACUCCGAGCAAGAGUGUUUGAGGAAUCCCGCCGUCGACAGGUUUGCAUAAUGCUUGCUCGACUACCGCCAGUAGAGACGACCGUCAAGGCGAUCCAUGACAUGGAUGAUGAUUGCUUGGACAAGGACCAGGUGGAGCUUCUCCUGGCGACAGCACCCACUGCAGAAGAGCUUACCAUGCUUCAUGCUGCAGCGAGGGAGAUGCCUGAGAAGGCCUCCCUGCCCUGGGAUGAUGCUGAAGACUUUGUGUGGAAGCUUGCCGAGGUUGGACACUUCCUGGUAAGACUCCAGACUUGGUCCUUUGAGAACGCCUUCGAAGAGCGCUUUCACAUUUUCCAUUCGGCCGUGACAGAAGUCAAGGACGCAUGCCAUGCGCUGAGAGAUUCACACAGGAUUCCAAGGCUGCUGGGCAUCACCCUUAACGUGGGCAAUUACUUGAAUGCCGGAACAUCUCGAGGCAGAGCGGAUGGCUUCUCCGUCGAGGUUCUAUCUCAGAUGCGGGCAUUGAAGGGCCAGGCAGCAUCGUCGAGCUCUGCGAGCACAUUGUUGGACUUCGUGGUACGUCAAGCAGAGCGUAGCAGGCCAGGCGAGCUUCUUCAGCUGUUUGGCGAAGUUGGUGAGGCAACGCUGGUUCAGAGAGCUUUCCGUCACAAUCUGAAGGAGCUGUCCUUGGAGUUGACUGCCUAUUGUGUCCAGGCCCGUGGCUUGGCAAGGCAGUCUUCCAAUGGUGAUGAUGUUCUGAAAGCUCGAGCAGAAAAGGUGGAGGCUCACUUGAGAGAUCUAGAAACUCUGCAAAGGCUGUUUGUAGAAGCAGAGGAAGACUUCAACAGUGUUAGUGCCUGGUUCCACGAAGGCUCUGGAAAGAAGCCCAGACCUCCAGACGAGUUCUUCGGCUACUGGCAUACCUUCUUCCAGGGAAUUCGCUCCACAUUGGAGGGGAUGUAUGCUGGAAAGAAGCGUCGAAAAGCCCCGCGAUCACGAGUCCUGCGUCCUUUGGAUCAAAUGGCAAAGUCGCUCUCACUGAGUGAAGCCGUCCAGGACAUAAAAAGCUGA